UUACACUCUCGGUGUCACCAAAUAUACAUUACUCUCUCCAUCUAACUAAUAACCACUCUAAACUUUUAUGUGAGUACAAAUAAAAACUCAAACAAAAAUUCCCAUAUUUUUGUUACUAAAUUUUUAUUUUUGGUUAUAGAAAAUGGGAUCAAAGAGGGACUUUGCAGUGAAUGCUGUGUCUCAAUGGUUGAAGAAGAAAUCAAUGAAAGUGAAGAUCUCUUUAGGGAUAUUGCUUGCUUUUUGUGCUUUGGUGGCUCUAAAUUUUACUAUUAGAGAUCCAAGAUAUUUCUUUAGAGCCUCUGCAACAAUCCAUAUUGUUGGCCUUAUUACUCUCAUAUACAAACUCUUUACUCACAAAACAUGCUCUGGUUUAUCACUUAAGAGUCAAGAGCUUACAGCUGUAUUUCUAACAACAAAAGUUGGUUGUAGUGCCUACUUACAUGCUAACUUACACACUGUGUUGGACAUUAUACUUCUCUUGUUAACAUUGUUGGUUAUUUGGUUGAUACGAUUCAAGCUCAAGUCUUCCUAUAUCAAGGAGAUUGACAACAUGUGGUUAUCAUUUUUGGUGGUGCCUUCUAUAAUUUUAGGUACAGUAAUACACCCAUAUACAACUCAUACAUGGAUAGUUGGAGUUCUUUGGGCGUUCUCUACGUAUUUGGAAUCUAUUUCAAUACUUCCUCAACUCCGUUAUAUGCAAAAUGCAAAGAUGGUUGAAACAUUCACAGGAUAUUAUGUAUUUGCACUUGGUGUCUCGAGAUUCUUUUCCAUGGCUUUUUGGAUUAUUCAUACUUAUGAGACACGAGGAGAAUACUUGUUUUUUUGGGGCCAUGGCUAUUUCUGGAUGCUGGCAGUGUUUAUAUCAGAAAUAAUUCAGUCUUUUAUCUUAGCAGAUUUUUGUUAUUAUUAUAUAAAGAGCUUCAUGAAAGGAAAACUUUUGAAGAAGAUGCCUGUUUAAGUAUCUUGAUUUGGUGAACUAUGCAUUGAAGAAGAGUUUAUAACUAUACUUGUGUCAAAAAAGUGUUUGCAACUAUAAUUUAGAUUAAGUUUUUAUCACUUCAUCAUGUUUGAGAUUUAGUAACGUAUAAAAAACAUGUUACUAAAUUGAAAAUAUAUUAUUAAGGGUUAAAUAUGUUUUUAGUCCCUAUAAAUAUGCGACCCUGUAUAUUUAGUCCUUAUAAAAUUUUCCUUCAAUGAAUGGUCUUUUUAAAAUUUUUAUGCAUGUAAUUUCAGUCCCUGCUGUCAAACAAAUGUGUAUUUUAGAAUGAUUAUUUUGCAGACAUGUUCAUUUUAAAAAGUUUCUGAAAAAAAAAAAAAACUCAAAAUUUAAUUUCUAAGUUGAGAUUUUCA